UUUUACGAAUAUUUUCAGCCACAUGUUUUUGUAACAUUUUAUUUGUAGAAGUUUUUAAAGCAAUCAAGAAGAUUAAUAUAUUCUGGCAAAAGAUACAUUUAAAAAGAAAACUAAUAAUGGAAGUGGAAAAUAUAAACAGUGAUGAUUUUUUACCGCCUACCGAGACUAAAAAGGCUCCAAAGCGAUCUGCGGAUUAUAACACAGCGAUGCAAGUUGACGAGGAGUCUCCAUUGCAGGAAACAAAGCAAAGACUCCAAGCACCGCGUGCAAAACGACAAAAAAGUGAUACUAGGAAAAUUUCGGUUCCACCGCACAGAUACUCAUCUCUUAAAGAACAUUGGAUGAAAAUCUUUACUCCGGUAGUCGAGCAUAUGAAGUUACAAAUAAGAUUUAAUAUGAAAGCGAAACAAGUAGAGCUAAGAAUUAGCGAUGAAACACCUGAUAUAUCUAAUCUUCAAAAAGGUGCUGAUUUUGUUAAAGCAUUCCUUUGUGGAUUCGAAGUGGAUGACGCUUUGGCGCUGCUUCGUUUAGAAGAUUUAUUUGUUGAAACAUUUGAAGUAAAGGAUGUAAAAACUCUACGUGGUGAUCACUUGAGUCGCGCAAUAGGACGUUUGGCAGGCAAAGGAGGACGCACAAAAUUCACUAUAGAAAAUGUUACAAAAACUCGCAUUGUUUUGGCGGACAGCAAAAUUCACAUCUUAGGGAGCUAUCAAAAUAUUCAACUAGCACGGAGGGCCAUUUGUAAUCUUAUUCUGGGUUCACCCCCAAGUAAAGUAUACGGGAAUCUCCGGUCAGUGGCUAGUCGGUUGUCAGAACGUAUGUGAAAUAAUAGAUAAUUAUAAUAAUUAUUAUGUUGGUGAUAAUUAUAUGAACUAUAAUUUACUGAGAUAUUGAAUUAAUAACAAA